AUGUGUUGUGGAGAUAAUUAACCAAAGAAUCAACCCAAGACAGGAAUCAAAACAAAAUCAAAUAAUCCUGGAUAAAAAAAGGAUAUCAAAGUUGUAAUGCUUGGGGAUAAGGCUGUAGGAAAGAGCUCCAUUGCAACAAGAUUCUGUUUUGAUAAGUUUCAAUCAGAAUAUGAAAUUACGAUAGGAGGCGUGUAUAAUAGUGUUGAAUUAACAGUGAAGGGUUAGAACUUAAAGAUCCAUUUGUGGGAUACUGCAGGAGAAGAGAAAUUUAGAUCUCUACUUUCCCUGUAUUAUAGAGAUGCAAAUAUAGCUGUUAUUGUGUAUGACAUCACACAAAGUGAAUCCUUUUAAUCGGUUUCAACUUGGCUGAAGGAAUUGGAAGAAAAGAUCUAAAAGGAUGGAAUGGCUCUGGCUUUAGUGGGCAAUAAGUGCGAUUGCUUGGAAUCGGAAAGAAAAGUGUCAAAAGCUAUGGCUGUUGAUUUUGCAAAGUAGAAUGGUAUGAUAUUCUAUGAAACUUCUGCCAAAACAGGAGAAGGUGUAAAGAAUUUAUUUUAACAUUUAAUUGAGACAUAUGUAACAGAGAAUAUGUGAAUAUUAAUCUUAAAUAUAAUUUGCAUUCCUACUGUAUAUUUAAA